ACAAAUCAUUCAUCUCUCACCCACACAGACCUACUUUCGAAAAGGAAAAGUGCUUGCCUUCUCACUCCGCCUCUCCCCACAUUUCCACCUCCGAUCCGGGCCGGCGACGGCGUCUCUCUCUCAAAGCCACUCCACCCCACCGCCAACAGUGGUAAGAAAGAAAGAAAGAAAGAAAGAAACUCACUCCCAGUCACUCUCCCUCCGCUAGCUCGCUGAGCUCUCAUUUAACCAACCGCAUUCUUAUUAUUACAAGCUUUUCGCACUACCCACUUGCUCGAUACUCUCACACGCAAUGCCCUCGGCUUCCCCGCCGCCUGCUGCCCUCCUCAUUUUCCUCCUUGCUCUGGGCGGUUGCCUCCCACGCGCCGCUCCCAAAUCCACGAUUGAACCAUGCUCCAACUCCGACACCUGCUCUUCCCUCGUCGGCUACACUCUCUACACCGACCUCAAAGUCUCCGAAGUCGCUUCCCUCUUCUCCGUCGACCCCAUCUCCCUCCUCCUGACCAACGCCAUCGACAUUUCAUACCCUGACGUCGAGAACCACAUCCUCCCCUCCCAGCUCUUUCUCAAAAUCCCCAUCUCCUGUUCCUGCGUCGACGGCAUCCGCAAAUCUAGCUCCGUUUCCUACAAGACCCGCCCCUCCGACACGCUGUCCUCCAUUUCAUCGGCGGUCUACGGCGCCCUUGUGUCCGCUGAUCAGAUUAAGGAGGCCAACCCUAAGGCUGAGCUUUCCGAUCCGUCGGUGAUUGGUGUUGGGACGCAGCUCAACAUCCCGUUGCCCUGCACUUGCUUCAACAACAGCGACAACAAUUUGCCGGCGAUUUAUAUGUCUUACGUGGUGAAGGAUGUGGAUACCUUGGCAGGGGUUGCGGCGAGAUACGCCACCACUGUGAGCGAUCUGAUGAAUGUGAAUGCGCUGGGGGGUGCGGAUAUUAAGGAUGGUGAUAUCCUUGCCAUUCCAUUGUCUGCUUGUGCAUCAAAUUUCCCAAACUAUGCUUCUGACUAUGGCUUGGUUGUGCCAAAUGGGAGUUAUGCCAUAACCGCCAGUCACUGCGUGCAGUGCAGCUGUGGACCAGGAAGUCGCAAUUUAUAUUGUAUUCCGGCUUCUUUGGCUGUGUCCUGUUCGAGCAUGCAAUGCAGAAAUAGUAAUCUCCUGUUAGGAAACACCACCAUACAACAAUCCACAGGUGGAUGCAAUGUGACUUCUUGCACUUACAGUGGCUUUGUGAAUGGAAGCAUUGCUUCUACGUUGUCAGCAUCCCUUCAGCCUAGAUGCCCAGGGCCACAGCAGUUACCUGCGCUUGUUGCUCCGCCCACGGUACUCCCAGAUUCAGUAUUUUCUCCGGCGCCUGCGCCAUCAGAAGCUGGUGGUAUUCCAACAACAAAUCCCAAGUCCUCUGUUGUGCCCUCAUCUGGCAUUGGAUUCCCACCUGCAGCCAGUGGACCGAUGGGAAGUGCCUCGGGCUCCUCAGAUGCGUGCUCAUUGGUGAAGCCUUUAGCCAACAUCUCUCUUGUGCUCGUUCUUGGUUUGUUGCUUUUAUCAAUUCCAUUGUAAUUUUUCUUGUUUAUUGGCGAUCAUUGAAACAUUGGACUGGACUGGACCGGACCGGAGCAUUGUGUUUCUUUGGUUUGUUUUGUAUGGUAUGGGCUCUCCUUCACGAGCGUGUUGUAUUUAAACAACCAAUUUGUUGCUGUUUUUGGACAAAAACCCGAUUCAGUCAUGACAGUUUCUUUU